AUGAGUUACGCGGCCUAUAAAGUCGUCCACCCGCCGACCGGCGUCACCUGCUGUGCGUCCGGGUUCCUUACUCGCUCCGCGGCCGCCGAGCCUCUGCCGAACCUGAUCGUCAGCCGCGGAAAUGUCCUGCAAGUGUUUUCAGUGCGGAGCGAGGGGUUGCGCGGGGAUGCGGAGGCGGGGGAGCGGAAAGGGGAAUCGGGGAAAGACGGAGGAAGUCACAAAGAUGCCGGAAGCAGCGUUCUUCCUGGAGCAACCCUGGAUGUUGUCUGCGAGUUCAGGUGGGAGUACAUUCAAGAAUACCCAAGACGGCUGAACGGAGUGGUAGAGAGCAUAGCGGUCGUGCCAGGCGCGGCAGCAGCUGACGCAGCAGGCUGGGCGGGGACUGGGGGAGGUGGAUCCAACUCCGUGGGUGGUGGGGGGAGAGGAGUAGGGCGAGGGGCGGCAGGGGGGGAGGCGGGCGGGAGAGGAGGGAGAGGGAGGGGGGGACGGCAGUCGGGAAAGCGCGAAGGAAGAGAUGGUGGUGGUGGUGGGAUUACAGGAGACAUGAACCCAUUGCAGGGAGCUACUGUUAGUGGCAUUGGAAACAACAGCAGUGGCAGCGGUGGACGCAAGGAUGCGUUGGUGCUGACGUUUCGAGAUGCCAAAGUGUCCGUGGUGGAGUUUGACGAUGCGGUGCAGAGGCUUAAAGUCAGCUCCUUGCAUUACCUCGAAGGGCCUGAGUGGACGGCUCGGAAGCGGGGCAGAGAAAACUUUCCGCUCCCGCCCAUCGCGCGCUCUGAUUGGUCGGGCAGGUGCUCAGCAGUGCUGGUGUACCGCUGCCACCUGCACUUUCUCACUCGCAAGCAGCCAGGUCACACCCAGACAGGUCACAUCCAUCCAGGGAACACAGAGACAGGACCGGACACCAUUAUGUCUCCCACAGCCCAACGUUCGGCUUCUUUCAACAAGUCUGGUUCGGACCGAACCUCUUUGGACCAGAACUCUUCCUUCAAAGGAGGCUUGGACCGGUCCUCCUCGUUCCGCGCAGGCUCGACAGGCGAAGCUCCUAGGUUUGGCGGCUCGUUCACUAUCGACUUGCGGCCCCUUGGGAUCUCCAAUGUGCGGGAUUUUGUCUUCUUGUCCGAGCCUGGAGACCCCAUAGUGGCGGUGCUGUGGGAGGAGGGCAGCGCGUGGGCGGGGAGGCUGGGGGGCUCGUCCCCUGCUGUGCUGGGAGCCCGCUUCUCCUGUGCUGUCACAUUCCUGAGAGUGUCUCUGCACACCCGCUCACACCUCAUCCUAGGGACCACCAAGGCCUGCUCGUCCUCCCUCCCCACUCCCUCCACUUCUGCUCCUCGAGGAAUCUUAAGCCUGCUCGUCCUCUCCCCCCAUUCGCUCCACUUCUGCUCCUCCUCCUCCACCUGCCACCUGGCGCUCAACGAUUCGUCGCCACCUGCCCUGCCAGAUGGCACCGAGAUCCCCCGUCCACGUCAGCAGCCGGGGCAGGCGCCGCUGUCUGUGGAGCUGGAAGCAGCCCAUGCCACGUGGCAGCCUGUGAUUGGGCCAAGUGGAGGGCCGGUCGGGGUUGGUGGGAGCAGCAGCAGCGGCGGAGGUAGCAGCAGCAGCAGUGCUGUUGCGUUUCUUGCGAGUAAAGGCGGCGCUCUGGUGGUGGUGAAAGUGACUCCUGAGGCCAAGCCAACCGAGCCAUCUUCCUGUCCAGCUUACCUGUUCCCCACUCACUUCACUGCACCCCCCCCUCCCCAACCCAACCCUAUUCCACAGGGCGACUACCUUCCGCUUGGACCUGCUGUCAAGCAGGUUCGGGCCACCGUGCAGGCAGGCAGCUAUCAAGCGACUACAUUCCGCUUGGACCUACUGCAGGUUCGGGCCACCGUGCAGGCUUCGGGCAUCCUCAGCCUCGGCCCGAACUUGCUGUUCGUGGCCAGCAGGCUCGGCGACAGCAUGCUCAUUCGCUACCGAGCCAAUGAGCACGGACUGGAGAAGCAGCGAGGGGCCAAGCGCUUGAAAGCAGACGAAGCCUCUGAUGGCGAAGGCACUGCUGCAGCUGUUCCUGCAGCUCCUGCUGAUGCAGCUGCUGGUGCGGAGGAGGAGGAGGAGCAGGGGCAGGAGGGCUUCUCCUUCCGUGAAAAGCAGCGAGGUGCCAAGCGCUUGAAAGCAGACGAAGCCUCUGAUGGUGAUGGCACUGCUGCUGCUGCUGCUGAUGCUGCUGUCACUGGUGCGGGUGUGGAGGAGGAGGAGCAGGGGCAGGAGGGCUUCUCCUUCCGAGUGUGCGACUCGCUGCUCAACAUCGGUCCCAUCCGAGACCUUGUGCCCGUCCCAGCGUUCCCCGCGCCCACUCCCCAGAAGGAACAGCAGCAGCAGCAGCAGCAGAUGCUAGUGGCGUGCAGUGGGCAUGGGAAGAAUGGCGCUCUGUCGGUGCUGCUGCAGCGAGUGCCACUGGACGUGCUAACACAGGAGGAUCUGCCUGGCUGCUGCGGCCUGUGGACUGUCUAUGGCUCUGAGCUUCCUUCUGAAGCAAGGGAGGGAGGAGAAGAUGGGCAGGCAGCAGCAGGCCAGGCAGGAGGGACAGCCGUAGAGGGGGAGGGAGCAGGAAAGGGAGGUAUAGGAGGGGUUGAGGGCGGUGAGGAGGGGUGUGGAGCAGGUGCUAUGGAGGUGGAGGGAGGGAGUGGGGUAGGAGGUGGAGAAGGGGGGAAGGGAGAUAGAGGAGGCAGUUACCAUGGGUUCCUUGUUCUGGCAUUUGAAGGGCAAAGCAUGGUGCUAGAAACUGGUGAGCUGCUUCGAGAGGUGCUGGAAACAGGAGAGCUGCUUAGGGAGGUAUCAGCAGAAGUGAGUUUCAUCACCAAUGCACCCACCCUCCUGGCUGCCAAUCUCUUCUCCCUCCUGGCCCAUCCCCCCCUCCUGCAUCCCUCCUCCGCUCAGGUGCUGGAAACUGGUGAGCUGCUUCGGGAAGUAUCAGCGGAAGUCAGUUUCAUCACAGACGCGCCCACCCUCCUGGCCGCCAAUCUCUUCUCGCGCCGCUGCAUCCUCCAAGUCACUCCCUCCGCCGUCCGAUUGCUCGCCAGCUCAGCCAGCCUGCUGCAGGAGAUGCUGCCACGUGGCAUGGUGGCUGGGGCGGGGGAAGGGGGCGGGGAGGGGAUGGAGGAGGGGAAUGAGGGGGGAGAGGACGUGGAGAUUGAGUCUGCUGACGUGGCGGAUCCAUAUGUCAUGCUGCGAUUGGUGGAUGGCCGAUUCAUUCUACUUGGACCAGGUAAUGCUCUUGUGGGGAAGAAGGGGCCCGGCAAAACAGGGGUGAAAGGAGAUGAGGAGAUGGUGUUAAAAGAGGAGGGGACGGAUGGGGAGGGGAAGGAGGAAGGGAAAAAUGAGGGGAGGGAGGAGGGGAAGGAGGUAGAUGUUGAGAUGGAUGGUGGCAGUGGUGCUGGCAUUGGUGGGGUUCAGGGCGAGGGUUUGAAAGCAGAGGAGGGGAAGGUGAAGGAAGAGGUGAAAGAGUCAGUAGCAUCACAGAAAACAGAGUUUGAUGGAGCAGAAAGGGCAAUGACAGUGCACACGCCUGCACCAGUUGCCACCUCAGCACACAUGUCAGCGCCUGAUUGGCCGAAGCAGUUUGUUGUGGAUCUGCACGUAUCCGUCAACCCCGUCACCGGGCGGUUGUUUUUGUUUGUUGUGCUUUCAGACGGGCGGUUGCUGGGGUUCAGAGCGUUCUGCCCCUCGGGAGCAUCGCCUGCAGAUGUGAUUGCAGCGAGUGUGUCAGUAACGGGGGAGCGUGGUGCAAGGGCGGGAGGGCGAGCAGGGGGAGGAGGAGGGCAGGGGGUCGGGGAGGGGGAACCUGGAGGAAGGGUAGGUAGCAUUGGGGCCGAGAUGGCUGAUGCUGCUGCGCGACAGAGUGUGGGUGCACCCCGUGAGUCUAUUUUUGAGGCGCCUAAAGAACACACAUACCACAUAUGCCCGCCUGCCCAAACACAGGCCACAGAGGCAGCAUCGAGCGUGGUGGCAAUGGCGCCCUUCCACAACGUCAACUGUACGCACGGCUUCCUCCUCAUCUCCUCUCUCGGAGUGCUCUCCAUCUGCCAGCUGCCCCCUCUCUUCCAGUUUGACAACGCAUGGCCCCUCAAUAAGAUUCCCUUGCGCUCAACCCCCCACUCGGUCACUCUCUCCCCGGACGCAGCUCAUCUUUUCCUCGUCACUUCAACCCCCGUGUCUCGGCCAGUGUCUCAGUUCCUGGUUCCUUCCCUAGAAGACCCAAAAGAUCCCUCAACCGCAGCACUAGGCUCGGCCGGACCUGGAGGUCCGGGAGCUCCAGGAUCCUCCGGCACAGACGCCGAAGCAGUAGCUAUGGUUGAGGACUUCCAGCUUCGGGUGUUAACCUGCCCGAGCCUGGAGGCCCCGAGCCGCGCCCUGGAGGUUCGGCAGAGCUUUGAGUUCCAGCCGUUUGAAGCGGUGACAAUGGUAAAGUCAGUGGUGCUGAGGAAUCGCAGCAGUGGGCAGCUACAGACGCUCCUGGCAGUGUGUACGACGUUUAUCACUGGGGAGGACGCACCUGGGAAAGGCAGGAUCUUGCUCUUUGAGUACAACCCACUGGCAACAGCUGAUGGGGGUGGUGGUGCUGAUGGUGCUGGUGCUGGUGCAGCCGCAACGGCAGAUGCAGAGGGUAAAGCGGCAGGUGGAAGCAUUGGAAUUCCCUUGCUGAGGGAGCUCUAUUCAAAGGAGCCCAUAGCGGGUAGCAGUCAAAGAGGCAGCGUGGCGGCACUCACAGCGCUGCAGGGCAAUCUGCUGCUGGCAGUGGGGCGGCAGCUGGUGCUGUAUGCAUGGAACGGAGUGGAAUUAGAAGGAAUCGCCUUCCUUGAUGCUCCUCUCUACGUGGUCUCCAUGGCAACGGUGAAGAGCUUCGUUAUAGUAGGGGAUGUGCUAAAGAGCGUCUACUUCCUGCACUGGAGAGAAGAGGGAGCUCAGCUCACACUCCUCGCACGCGACUUCUCCUCUCUUCCGAUCACAGCCGUCGAUUUCCUCAUCGACGGCUCAGCUCUCGGCCUGCUAGCCACCGACACAGCCAAGAACCUCCAAGUCUUUGCCUACUCCAAGUCGAUCGAGACACACAUGGGUCAGAAGCUGCUGCUUAAGGCAUCUUUCCACACAGGAGAGGUGCUCUCGAAGGUUCUCCGGUUGCCGCUGCCUCCUCCUCUUGCCACCACAGCAGCAGGAGGGGGAGGGGGGCAGCAGAGGAACCCAGCAGCUGCUGCUUCGGGCCGAACCAACAGGUUCGGCGUGCUGGCGGGGACGCUCGGCGGGGCGAUUGCGGUGGUGACGCCGGUGCUGGAGCUGGUGUUUCGGAGGCUGGAUACGGUGCAGCGUUACAUGGUAACCGCAGUGGAGCAGGCUGCAGGGUUACACCCGCUGGCGUUCCGGGCUGUGCAAGGGCUGGGGAAGGGGCAGCAGCACUCGGGUGUGGAGCGAAUGAUUGACUCGCAGCUUCUUGCUCAGUACGCACUAAUGGACGACAGUCAGCAGCAGCAGCUAGCAGAGGACAUCGGUUCAACUCGCCCCAUGGUGUUGCAGAACCUCCGGGACCUCGCACACAACGCCAUGCUCUUCUAG